AUGGGGAUCCGGCAGUCGCUUGCGAACCCAAGUUCGCCAAGUGCACCGAGUGCCAUGCGUGCACCUGACCCUGAAAUUCUGAUCUGUGGCGCGGGUAUCUCGGGUUUGGCCUUGGCCAAAAGGCUGGAGCAAUUGGGCUUCAAGUCGAUUCGGAUAUUUGAAGCUGACGAGAGCCUUCAGAGUCGCCCUCAGGGAUACAGCCUAACCAUUCAGCAGCCUGGUCGACAGGCCUUGAAGACUCUUGGGCUCCUGGAUGCUGCCAAAAGCUGUUCUAGAUGGGGUGGCGGAGGGCAGCAUUUUGUGAAUGCGCUGAACGGUUCAGUCAUCCGAUCAGUGGGAGUCCAGGAAGUCCAUGAAGACCCCGCUCGGCCAAAGGCAAAGCCCGGCAGGCGGUCCAACUUCUACAUCCCUCGCCAAAAGCUGCGCGCCCUCUUGGCAGAAUCAUUGGAGGCAACAUCGAUAGUGUUUUCUGAGAAGAUUGAGUCGUACCAGGAGUCAGGCGAUGCGGUGACACUCACAACCAGCAGCGGUCGCAAGGUGUCGGCUGCCCUAUUGGUGGGGUGCGAUGGUGUCAACUCAGCGGUGAGGAAGCACAAGCUCACGGAUAGCCUGUCCUUCCUUGGUGUGGGAAUGAUCAAUGGGCUUGUCCACUCGAGCGCAGCGAGCGCCGCCUUGAGCGAAGUGUGUGGUGCGGGCAGCUUGCACCUGCUCGACGGCACUCGCCGCUUGUUCAUGAAGCCAUUCGAAGUCGAGGGCCAGGCCAUGUGGCAAUUGACGUUCCCCGCAGAUCUUGGGCAGAUUGACGCCAUCCGAGCCUUGCCGAAGCAGGAGUUGCAUGCGUGGGCCAUGUCCGAGACUUCGUCUUGGUGCCCUGAGUACCAGUCCAUACUGCAAGGGACCAGUCCAUCGACUUUAAGAGCAGGUGGCCUUUAUGACCGGGAUCCGCUCCAUUGCGCGAGGCACAGUGGUGCCCGCACUGCUGUAAUUGGCGACGCGGCCCAUCCAAUGACCCCAUUUAUAGGCCAGGGGGCCAACCAAGCCUUGACUGACUCCAUCCAGCUCGCCGAAUCUUUGAGUCGCUGCAGGGAUGAGUUUGGGAGAUUGGACACCUCCUCAGUUUCGGACUCGAAUGGAAUCGUCAGCCCACAAGCAACAGCAACAGCAACGGGCACUUUGAAUCAGACGCCUCCCCCUCCCCGCCCCUCUUGCCCCCCGCCCGUUCUCCUUCAAUAG